AUGACAGUAGGCUCCCACCAUACGCCCCAGCCGGCCCAUCUGUCGAGCAACAACAACGACAACAACAACGCGACGCAUGGAUACGACUCAGAGUCGUCCACGAUGAAUACCGCUUCGCAUCCGUCCCCCGGCCACGGCCACGGCCACGGGGCCGCUCCGUCGACCAAGGACCCGAGCCCGUACGCGUCGCGGCGGUCGUCGGCGGUGAUCGAGCGGGUGCCGUCGCAGACGGGCUCGACGAACGCGAACAUUUUCCCGGAGCCGGAGAGCGUGAUCGAGGCGGACAUGGAGAAGGGCGGGGUGGUGCCGCCCGCGGGCGCGCCGCCGGGCUUCAACCCGGCUGACUUCCCCGACGGCGGCCUCGAGGCCUGGCUCGUGGUCGCCGGCGGCUUCUGCGCCCUGUUCAGCACCUUCGGCCUCGUCAACUGCGUCGGCGUCUUCGUCCGCUUCUACGUCCGCGGCCCCCUCGCCGAGUACAGCCCCUCCACCAUCACCUGGAUUACCAGCGUCCAGAUCUUCAUGAUGACGGGCUUGAACGCGAUCAUGGGCCGGCUCUUCGACAGCUACGGGCCGAGAUACUUGCUUAUAAUAGGCACGCUGGUGUUCAUUUUUGGGCUGAUGAUGCUGUCGCUGUCGACCGAGUACUACCAGAUCAUCCUGUCGCAGGGGAUCGUGAGCGCGGUCGGGAUGAGCGCGGUAUUCAACGCGGCGAUGAACUCGGUGCUGGGGUGGUUCUUCCGGCGGCGGGCAGCGGCGCUGGGCAUCGUGGUGGCGGGGUCGUCUCUCGGCGGCACCGUGCUGCCCAUCAUGAUGGAGCACCUGAUCCGCGACGUCGGCUUCCCGUGGACGGUGCGCGCCGUCGCCUUCCUCCUGCUCGCCCUCUGCACCUUCGCCUGCCUCACCGUCAAGACCCGCCUGCCUCCGCGCACCCGCCCCUUCGUCCUCGCCGAGUACCUCCGCCCCCUCCGCGAGCCCACGUUCCUCGCCCUCACCGUCGCCGGCUUCUUCGCCUUCUGGGGCAUCUUCCUCCCCUUCAACUACAUCCAGCUCCAGGCCGAGCAGCAGAACAUCAACCCGGUCAUCGUGCCCUACUUGAUACCCAUCCUCAACGCCGUCAGCAUCGUGGGGCGUAUCGUGCCGGGCUUCCUGGGCGACCGGUUCGGGCGGUUCAACAUGAUGAUCGUGAUCUCGGGGCUGUCGGCGGUGAUCACGCUGGGGCUGUGGGUGCCGGGGCGGUCGAUGGCGGCGACGGUCACGUACGGGGCGGUGUUCGGAUUCUCGUCGGGGGGCUUCAUCUCGCUGAUGCCGGCGCUGGUCGCGCAGAUUAGCGACCUGCGCGAGAUCGGCACACGCUCGGGCAUCGCGUUCCUCUUCUUCGCUUUCGGCGCCCUCACCGGCAGCCCCAUCGGCGGCGCUAUCGUCAGCGCUCAGCACGGCGACUUCCUCGGCCUCCAGCUCUUCUGCGGCUGCACCAUGAUCGCCGCCACCUUCGCCUUCGCCGUCGCGCGCACCAUGCAGGUCGGCCUCCACCUCGCCAAGGUCUGA